AUGUCCUUCAGCUGGAAGGGUCUCCUCGGCGUAAACUCGUCCCAGAGCGCCUCCAGCAACUCUCCCUCCUCAUCCUCGAGCGCUUCCCAGCCCUCGGCAGCCUCAACCGCCACCACCCUGGCCUCGUCGGCGUCCGGCUCCGGCCCCGCCAAGACCUACAACCAUGCCGCCGCACCCGCACACGCCUCGAGCUCCAGCGGGGCGGCUGCCACCAGCAUAGGUGCCUACGGCGGUGCAGUGGCGGCUUCUAUACCUUCGCUGCCCGGGUCCAACAAGCCCACCUUCAACGCCAACCCCUACUCGCUCAACCACAGCAGCCCCGCACCCGUCUCGUUCUUUGGCGGUAUGCCCGCCACGUCCACCUCGCUCGGCAGCUCCGGCGGCGUCGGCAGCCUGGGCGCCGUGCAGCCAAAGAAGCCCACAGAGAUCCCAGUCAACUCUGUCGAAGGAGGUGGGCCCUUGCUGGGAAUGGAAAACUUUGGAAACACAUGCUAUGUCAACUCGAUGCUGCAGUCGCUCUACUUUUGCCGGCCCUUCAGAGAGUCGCUGCUGAGCUAUCAACCGCCCCUGCGCACAUCCGGCGACGGAUCGGAAGCACUGUCGGCAUCGGCGCGCACGCCCUCGGGGCCGGUCGACAUCAACGGCCAGCAAGGCCCGUCUUCCACGGAUGCAGCGGCCGACGCGGAGCUCGAUCCGCUGGCCCUCGAGGGGAUACCGCCGUCCGACACGCUCUUUGCAGCGCUGCGGGAUCUGUUCGACAUCAUCGCCCAGGCCCCUCGCCCGGCGGACUCGGCAUCCGUCGCCUCGGCACUCACUCCAACCAGCAGCACCUUUCCCGUCGGCUCGCUGACGAGCCCCUCGGCAAUGUCGCCGUCCUCGAGCGCGACGGGUACAAGCUCGGGCGCAUCGGGCAUGAUGCGCAGAGCUUCCGCCCUGGGGAGGCCCUCGACCGCCGGCGCGACGAGCGGCCGGGGCGGGAUCGGCAACCACUCUGCCAGCGCCGGCGCCAAUGGCACGGCGGGCACCGGAUCGGCGAAUGGCAUCAGCUCGACUUUGGUCAACGCCAUGAACAUCGCACCCAGUUCUGCGACGGCCCAGGGCCAACCGACGCUGUCGAUCUCGACGGCCAGCGCCAGUGGCAACGCCAACGGCAACGGCGCUGCCACUGGCUUUGCCGUCGACUCAGCGGCGGUCAAGGCCUUCAUCGGCGUGCUGAAGCGCGAGAAUGUCCUGUUUGACAGCACGAUGCACCAGGACGCCCACGAGAUGCUCAACUUUGUGCUCAACAAGGUCGGCGAGGACCUCGUCGACGCGGACCGCGCCCGCCGUGCUGCAGGCAAGCAGCAGCAGCAGCUCGACUCCGAUCUGCAGGCGGCGGAGCGUCGCGGCCUGCAGGACCUGGUCCGCGCGGUGGGAUCCAACGGCUCGACGUGCGUGCACCGCCUCUUUGAAGGCGUCCUGACCAACGAGACGAGGUGCCUGACGUGCGAGACGGUCACGUCCCGCGACGAAGCCUUUCUUGACCUGUCGAUCGACAUUGAGCAGAACACGUCGGUCUCAUCGUGCCUGCGCCAGUUUUCGGCCUCCGAGAUGCUGCGGUCGCGCAACAAGUUCUUCUGCGACUCGUGCUCGGGGCUGCAAGAGGCCGAGAAGCGCAUGAAGAUCCGCAAGCUGCCCAAUGUGCUCGCGCUCCACCUGAAGCGGUUCAAGUACGAGGAGUCGAUCCAGCGCUACGUCAAGCUGGCCUACCGCGUCGCGUUCCCGCUGGAGCUGCGCCUCUUCAACACCUCGGACGACGCAGAGGACCCGGAUCGGCUCUACGAGCUGUUUGCCAUCGUCGUCCACAUCGGUGCCGGCCCGCACCACGGACACUACAUCGCCAUCGUCAAGGUGGGCGAGCGCUGGGUGCUCUUUGACGACGACAACGUGAGCUACAUCGACGAGUGCGAGAUCUCCAAGUACUACGGCGACCGGCCGGGCAUCGGGAGCGCCUAUGUGCUCUUCUACCAGGCCGUCGACCUCGACUUUGAGAGCCUCGGCCUGGACAGGGCGCUUCGAGGCUCGGCAGAUCGGGCCGGCGGAAGCGCGGCUGCCGCUCGCGGCGAUGACGCACGCUGGCAGUUCCGGGAAGAAGGCGGCAAUGGCAGCAGCGGGCUGUCGACGGUGCCCGAAGUCGCUGGCGGCGUGCCUUCGACGUCUGGCAACCGCCACUUUCGGCUCGCGUCGGCCCCCGCGCCCCCCGGCACGUCCCUUUCUUAUCCGGCCGGCCUCGCCAGCGCCGGCACGGCGGUCAACGGAGGCGACCCGUCGUCCGGAAACGUGGAUGCGUCGAGCGCCAACGGAAGCGGCGGAGGUUGGUUUGGCUCGCUGCGGAACCGGAGCGGAAGGUCCGGCAGCCAGUCGCAGCGGAGACCAAAGACGGCCUCGGCGGUCGAGGCGUUCGGCAGCAUGCCGACUGCCAGCCACCAUCAGGGGCACGCCGAACCUGCCGUCGAUGCCGCCGCGAGCAGUGCCAGCGGGUCGACGGCUCCGACGCCGCGCAACUACUCGCUCCCGCGCGAGUCGGCCACGCCGGACACGAUGACGACCUCGACGGGGACGCUCAGCAGCCUGGCCAGCGUGCCGUACCAGCCCGAGCCGCUGUCGCCGACGACCGAGGAGCCCGCAUCGGCCGGUGCUCAGGGGCAGACGGCGUUCCCCACGUCGGGAUCGGCCGGUUCCGGGUUCGCGGCGGCGCCAGCAGAGCAGAGCCCGGAUGCUGCUGCGGUGCAGCACGCGCAGGCGAGGGCGCACGAGCAGCGCCUGCAGCGGGACGAGAACAUGGCGCGAGCGCAGAUGAACCGCGAUCGGCGGACGCGCGCCGCCUCGGAGAGCAUGGUGUCGCACGCCGCCGUCGCGUCGUCGCCGAUCGGCGGGCACAUGUUUGGCGCGGGUACGGCGCUCACCAGCUCUCCGUUGAUGGAAGAGCCGGCGGCGCUGCCAGCGAGCGAACGGGAUCCGAGGCUGCCACCGACGGGCGCGGUGCCGUCUGCAGACGCCACGACGCCGAGGGCCGAUACGGCUCCCUACCCAUCGCCGCUGAAGCAGGGCGGUGCGGUCGAGUCGCGGCGACUGUCGCAGACGCAGGCGCAGGUGCAGCCUCUUGUCGCUGCCGGGGCCGCGUUUGCGCCCGCGGAGCGCCCGAUUUCGAAAAAGGAGCAGAAGGCCAUUGCGCGCAACAGCCGGCGAGGCAGCAGCGGGCUGGGGCUGGGCAGCAUGAGCAUACCGGGCUUUGGCGGGGGCAGCUCGCUGGCGCACGCCGCGACGGUGGGCGGAGGCGAGCACCACGUGCACGGCGGCGGCGGGAGCGUUGGAGGCGCAGGGACGCCGCACUCGUCGUCGGCCAUGUCGCCGUCCAACGGCGGCGGCGGCAGCAACAGCCAUGCGAGCGGAGGGGGGGCGGGCUCGCCAUUCACCGAUGCGGCAGCGACGCCCGACGAGGCGGCGACGCCGGCGUCGAGCUCGUCUGCGGGCGACCGGGAGCGCGUGGGCGGCCACCCGACGCGCAAGGCGAGCCUCUCGACGCGGUCGCUGAGCCGCACGUUUGGCUUUGGGCGGUCGAACAAGUCGUAG